AUGGGUUUGUGCCAGGUGGCCUAUUAUGUUUUGAGUCAAAAAAAAACGACCGACUACCACGAAGAAAUGAAUGGUGAUACAUUUUACAACUGGAUGAAAAACGUAAUACCACGACUCAAAGAGAAUUGUGUUAUUAUAAUGGACAACACCCCGUAUCACUCUGUGAAAAAAGAAAAAAUCCCAAAUACAACUACAAAAAAAACAGACAUCAUACAAUGGUUACAGGACAAGGGCGAAGUAAUUAAUCGACCUAUGGUGAUUCCUGAAUUACUCGAUAGAGUAAAAAUACUAAGACCACAAUACGAAAAGUAUUUAAUUGACGAUCUGGCUGAAACACACAACAGGACAAUUUUAAGACUCCCUCCAUAUCAUUGCGAGUUAAAUCCGAUAGAAUUGGAGUGGGCUAACGUGAAAGAUCACGUGAAAAAGAACAACACCAGCUAUAAGCUGAGUGACGUCAAAACACUUUUAUUGGAAGAUAAAGAGAGAGUGGAUGAGAACACGUAG